CAUAGAAGUUACCACUGUUUGUUCCGUGGUUGAAGUGGUUUCGGUUACAUAAGUUGUUGAUGGAUCCAGUGUUAUGGUGUCGGUCGGAAUCAUCGAUGUCGAAAUGGUUAAACACAAAUCUACGACAUUGGUUUCAGUAAUAGUGCUAGUAAUGGUUAGGUCUGAACCUUCGACAUAUUCUGUGUUUGUGGCACUGGCAGUUGCGUAUUCAUAUUCCGUUGAAAACGAUGUGCUCGUUGGGCCCCCGCUAAUUCUGAUAUUGCUCGCUGCAACUUCUAUCUGUGCAUCCGGAAUCUGGACUGAAUCUCUAGAAGAUGGCCCUCGUUAUAUCGAUUCAACAGCUUUCUCUGUGUAUAACCGGAAUUGCAUACCAUCCACAUCCAUAACCACAAUCUUUCAGGGAGACUUCACCAUUACCCCGUCCACAACAAUAACAUCAACCAGUACCGAAACUCAGCCAAUCAUCAUUACAUCCACCACCACGAUUACCAACACCGUAACACCACCAGUUGUCACAAGCACCUACACCUUCACUCCGACUGUUAUCUACACCCCGGAUCCAGCCACUGUAACAACCACACUUACCGAAACAAGCACCACAACGACUACUACCACACCAGCGCUGGUCGUUGAAACGCAGACUACAACAUUCAUUACAAGUACAACAUCGAUCAUCACCACCACGAUUACUACCUAUCCCGUUACCGUUACCACAACCAGCACUAUCACAAUCGUAGUUACAUCCACCUCAUCGAUCACACUUCCGGCACCAAUUCUUCUGCGAACGUCGAAAGUAUCGGAAAGCAACUGGAUCGCGCCAACUCGAGUACUCUACGAGCGAAUGGAUCCCACGAAACUUCAGUAAAUGCAACCACAUUUGAAAAGUAUUCAGAAUUCAAACAAUUUCUU